AUGGAGGACCUGCACUCUUGGCUCCACCAGCGCCGCCGCUGCCGCUUCUGCUUCUGCUCCCCGCUCGCCCACGGCGCAGGUCUGUCUUCUGAAUUUACAGGUGAUGUCUGUCUGUUGAAGCAAGCAGUGAAGGUGUUCGACGCCACCGUGGGCAUGCUCAUAAACGCCACGGCGGAUUACGCGGCCACGAACUCCUCCAGGCGGUUCGGCACAGGGGAGGAGGGGUUCGAGACGAUCGACAAGGCGAAACCCAAGAUUUACGGUCUGGUGCGGCCGGAUAUGUCACCGGCCGAUUGCCGGGGCUGCCUCACAGAUAUCAUCACGUACAUCCCCCAGUACUUCACCGGGAGGCAGGGUGGUAGGAUCCUUGGAUUGCGGUGCAACUGCAGGUAUGAGCAGUAUCCCUUCUUCACCGGACCUUCUCUGCUGUAG